AUGGAGUCUGAAAACAAGUCCAGGAAUCUGUGCAUCAACAUGAGGGGAAUUCCAUGUCUCUUGUCUGCACUGAUCCUUUUAAGCAAGUAUGGAUCGGGAAAUGCACUCGAAAGCAUUCCGAUCCAUGGACGGGAAAACGUUGGAGGCAACUUGGAAGAAAUUUUGUCAGAUCUGAGGGCAACCGCACUAGAACAUACGAAGCAAAUCUCACAACUGAAGUCUGAAAAUGAGCAACAGUUGGAAAGCCUCAGGAACGAAUACAAGAAUAUGAAGCACCUCUUUGAGAACAUGAUAAAAGAGCACGAAAACCUCAAGUCCAGCCUGCAGGAACAAAUCCGGGAAAGAGACGAACUUAAACUUCAACUGAACGCCACGGAAGGAAGACUCCAAUAUCUGGAGGCUGUUAGCCUGCAAAUAACUCCCCGAACGUGUCAGACGUUGGCAGACUUGGGAGUGACACGGACGGGAGAAUAUUUGGUGGAUCCUGACGGAGCGUUGAUCGGCGAUGCACCCAUCAAAGUGCUCUGUGACAUGGAGACAGAUCCCGUAUCCACGAUUGUCCUCCACGAUGCGAUGGGAAACACUGCGAUUGAUCGAUGUGCAGAUCCUGGAUGCCACAAUCACAGCAUCAGGUAUGGUUCAACGAUGAAACAGAUGGUGGCACUGAUCAACCAGUCGAAGUCGUGCGAACAGCACAUCAGAUAUGACUGUUUAACGACGGCCCUCACGACUGGAGAUAUACACUACGCAUGGUGGGUGGACCGUCACGGCGAACCACAAUACUACUGGGACGGGUCAAACAAAGGAAAACAUAUAUGCAAGUGCCACCUCUCUGGGAACUGCAUAGACUCCAACCUAUCUUGCAAUUGUGAUGCAGAAGCUCCACAAUGGGGAUCAGACUCAGGAGCGAUAACGAAUGAAACAGCAUUGCCCAUAACUGAGUUACGCUUCGGGGGGCUACAAUUUGAGGCUCAGAAAGCGAAUUACACAUUGGGUGGAUUGGCUUGCAAGGGCAGGAUUCCGCCUCCGGACAAUCCAGCACAAUCCUGUAUAUCUCUUCGCCAAGCUGGAAACGCUCAUCCUGGUUAUUACCUACUCAACUCCAAGGAAGGUCGCUUGGACGUCGUUAUGUGUAGGAUGGAUUUGGAGGAGACCGACCCGAAGUUUCAGGUGGAGACGAAGGCCCGCAUUGCAUAUGGAGACCCCUAUUUUGAUGUGUUGCUAGCUAAUGGAACAGAAAACAACGUUCUGCAAUUCAAUAAGGCGAAUAUCAACAUAGGCAAUGCUAUGGAUCUGCAGAGCGGAAUUUUUACUGCUCCCAUGGAUGGACGGGGAGCGGUCCAGUAG